GAGAAAUUGAAUUGCAUGGUAUCACUAAUUUCGACGACAAGUAAAGACUAAAUGACGAUUUAUCUUUUUCAUGGAAAAUAAGUGACUGUAGCUAAUUUAAUUUGUUUUAAUGCACCAGUAUCAUAUAAUUUUACCUAAGUAAAUAGCAGACAACUAAUUAAGAGUGGUCUGGCAAUUAUGAUUUAUCGCCCCCCAAUGACUCGUUGACUCAGUUGAAGUGCACUUUGGAAGUUUAAAAACUUACGUGUUCGCCUUAACUUUAUUGGGAAGUUUCAGAAAACAUACACAGUUCUAAAGAUGGACAAGAUCUGGAAACUUAUCUUCACAUUAAAUAUCGUGACUCUAGUGUCAGGGUACAAUCCAAUGUCAGAAAAAUUAGAAAGCCUGUUGUUGUCAUUGGAUAAACUUAUUUAUUACUACGAACAGCAUGUCAGUGAAUUCAAUUUUGAUGGUAUCUUCGGCUUGAUCCCUUUAAAAGGUAAUGAACCUUUUUAUAAAACUUUCAGGAGCCCUUGAAAGCAUUACUGAUGAUUCCCUGUAUGAAAACUAUGAAAGGGUUAAGAUUGCCUUGUUACCAUUGAUGAGACAACUUAAGACACAAAUUAUGAGAAUCAACGUGAUCAUUAGGAAAAGUGUUAAAUUUUUUAAGAAAGCAAGAGACCCCUACUUCAUGAAAAUGGGUAUACUUUUGGCACUGAAAUGGAAUUUUCCGGGUCAGAACACCAUGUAUUCUUAUUUAUCGGAUCCAGAACCGAUAUCGAGCGUGCAAAAUAUUUCUAGUGAUGAAUGUAUUAUCCAAUUACUAAAUACCAACAUUUAUGGUACUCUUGAUUGUCAUCUUUCGAUGGAAUGUAUUUUAAAACUCAUGAACUUUCACUCUCGUGGUUAUGAAUUGGUUCAUCAAGUUCUAUAUAUUUUAAUUUCACAUCAAGUUAAUUGUACUGAUUCCCUGGAUGGUAUGCUAUCAAAUCUCUCGACUAGCGUGGGAUCCUUACAAAAUAAACUGUGUUCAAUUUUGUAUGGAGAUUUUGUCAAUUUGUUUCUCAGUUCGGAAACAACCCCUCGAAAUCGAGAUAUUUUACUUGAAGAAAUGUUCGUUUGCGGAAGUCUUGGCUACGAAAACUUCAUCCAGUUUUCGAUUCUCAGCAGGGUUUUGUCGUGGCAACAGCCUUCUGGAUGUUUUAUUUCUUUAGGUUCCACAGAUGAAAAAAGCAAACAUAAAAAUACUAAAAUUAUGUUUCACGAACGCCAUCCCCUUGUUGAACACAGACAUGCGGAUGGUUGUCUAUCACACAUGACCUCUGUGGCUGCAGCUGUGAUGGGUCUGUAUUUUAGAGCAUUUUUCAUCCCCACAGGGUAUGUAGAUGGAUAUUUGUCGGCUUCAAUGCCUAUUAUAUGGAAAGUUUUUUUGGUCAGAUCAUACACUUCACUUCCAAAGCUGAUAGAAGAUGAUAAUAAUCAAAACGGAAAUUCAAAUCAAAAUAUAUCGAACUCAUUUGCAAAUCGUUUAAUACAUGUUAAAGGAUCAAUGUAUUUACCAAGUGGCAUCCCAUUUAGUUUAAGUUAUUCAACACAUUUUAAAGAUAAACUGGACUUAAUAAAUUCAGAUUAUUUACUUAUUAGUAUUUUACUCUUAUGUUCUAUUUGUAUAUUUCUCUAUUUAUUAUUACGUAGUUGUAUAGUUUAUUGUGGAUUUUUUAACUCGUCUAAAUCAACUUCAAAAGUAUAAAUAACAAGAAAAAACGAACAAAACAAACUACUCUAUCAUUUAUCAUCUAUCCUUUAUUCUUUUCAACUUGCCAUUUGGUUUUUUUGUUUAAAUGAAAUUUUUGUAAAAAACGUUUAAUUGUGAUAAAACUUCAUCUUUGAAUAGAAAAAAACAAUAUUAUAAUUUAUAUACAUCAAGUGUGUGAAUUCUUUUAACAGACACACACACAUACAUUACAAUUUACUAUGAAUGAUGAUAGCAAGUAUUAUAGAAUGGAUCUUAUAUAUAACAUAGUUAAUCAAUUACUUUUCUUGUAUACGAUUACCUUCUAGACGUAAGAUACGAGUAUAAUGACCGAAUAAAAUAUAUUUUAUUAAUUAUUCACAAUUUGAUUAUAUAAUAAUGUAGAAUCAAUUUAUAUACAUAAAGUAAACAAUUUCUUAUUAUUCAGAAGCUAUUGCUUCACUAAAAUAUCAUUUUUUAUUUUGUCAAAUGUCAUGCUAUCGCACGUUAGAUAUGAAUAAAAAAUUAACAUUUGUCAUAUACUUUAUUUCGAAAUGAAAUGUCAAAUGUACAGUUUUUUUUAGAUGAUUAUAACAUAUUAGUAAAAAAGAAAGUGGAGGAUUUAGUUUAUCCGUUCAAAUGAAUAAUU